AUGACUGGCGUCAUCGCCCUUCCCCCGCGGUGGCCUUAUCGACGAUCUUCCCUGGCAAAGGCCUGGGCUUCAUCAGCAUGUUUCCCAUCCCGCGAUGAUCUGCGGAACCGUGAGGGGAACCAGGCUAAUCGUUGCGCAGCACUCGGUGCCUCUCUACACAACGUCCUGACGCGCGUCAAGUCUCACCCUCAGACAUACCCUGAGAUCGACCUCGCUUACUCUUCAACGGACCCUCUACGGAACCCUGUCAUCUUAAAGUUGUCUGCCAACGGCUUGCGACUCCGGUUUGACGGACCCGACCAAAGACUACGCUUGGUCGAAGUGCUGGACUUUACUCGGGUGGGCUUGGUCUACAAGAAUCAGGAUGUGUUGAAGGGUGGGAAGGCAACCGAACAGCUCGCGUCCCCACACGGCCCCAGCUUCCGGCAUGUCUACAACCGUCUGUUCGGCCCCUCGUACCCCGGCGAAUAUGUUCCGCCAACAGACCAGUCGCCCUAUGGCACAUAUGUGCUAUCAUAUCCAGGUGUCGCAUUCUCAUUCCCUCUUCAACACUCGGCAUGGUCCGACUCGUGCGACUUUGUAGCGCUGCUUUCGUCCUCCGCUGCACUGCCAGCAACAUCUAUGGCCAUUUUCCAAGGAUCCUCAUGGCCUGAGGCUCGCGCAAAGCUGUUCACUCAGCAGCCCCAGUACCCACGCUCUUCAGCCGUAGUUGGCAAGACGCGCGAGGCGUUUGCCGACGAAGUGGAGGAGUUUCACAUCUUUGGGGCGGGGAGAAUAGAAGUAGAGCGACGAAAUAACCCCCCAGCGCAGAUCAUUCUUGGGGAGACGACCACUCAGGAUCUGAUUGCCGAGUUCGGUCCUCCGGAUGCUAUCUAUCGUAAACAUGAUCGGCGGAUAUCCAUUCACCGUGCAACAGGCAGCGGUGGCACCGGGGACCCCCUGCACCUGAGUCCGUCGCCUGGCAGAGGGAUGGAGAUCCCCGAUACCGACCACUCCUCUAAUAAUAGCGUGACGGAUGACUCCGACGAAGAAAUAUCUCCAAACAGCGUCAGUGAUCCAACCUCUCUACCGUCAGAAUGCUUCUUCAACUACUUCCACCAUGGAUUCGAUGCAUUCAUCUCCUAUCCAACGACUCCAGGGCCGGCGUUUCCUGCCUCGGGGCUCCCAGAGCCAUCUCCUCAGCUUUCAUCAUCACAGCUGACCGUAACGAAGAUCAUCCUACAUGGGAACGUACCGGGGUCGUACCCGUUCAACCGUCAUCGUCGCAGCCGAUGGACGAUUCACCUUGACCACUCCGGCGACGGCCUGACUUCCGAGGCGUCAUACGAUGAGAUCUCCGAGCGACUGCGCGAUGCCUGGAAAGAAUCGCAAGCCAGUCUUAACGAGCAGCGAGCCAUGCAACGACCGAUGGUCCUAAAUCGCGGCUGGGGCGACAGCCCGGAGAGCAGCGUUGAAUUCCUUGGUGGCUGGGAAGAGACCACAGCCCGAGGACCGCGGAACGGACUAGAUGGUCACGAUGGUGGACUGGGCAAUACGGAGCUUUUUGGAUUCCCGGGUCUUCUAUUUGAAGUACUGAAGAACGGCGCUGUGAGCUGCUUGACAGUUUAUUAA